GGCGGCGCCCAAGCUGGCGGUGCCGGCCACUGCUGGUGACACCGGCGCUGCGAGGGCCGCUGCGGUCCUGUGAAGUUCCAAAAGAUGAGCCGUGGAUAUUCAGAAAACAACAAUUUCCUGAACAAUAACAACCAGAUGGUGUUGGACAUGAUCCUUUAUCCCUUAAUUGGCAUUCCUCAAACCAUCAACUGGGAAAGUGUGGCAAGGUUGGUGCCUGGACUAACACCCAAAGAGUGUGCUAAAAGGUUUGAUGAACUGAAGAGCAGUGGAAACUCACCAGUUGACAACCAGUAUAAUCCCUUCAUGGCUGCUGGAGAGAGUCCUGUUGAAACUUUAGCCACCUAUAUCAAAUCCUCCCUUCUGGACACACAGGCAGAUUUUCAGGACACUGCCAUUGGUCAGGAUGCAGUUUCCAAAACAGGAAGACGUAGUAUAGCUUCCACAAGGAACUGUUCUUCUGAAAGUGAAAAUUGUACUACUCAUAUUGGUGGAGAAAAGACUGAAGAAUCUGAAGGGCCAAACGUGGUUAUCCAUGUAUGUGAUGAAGCAAAAAAUUUGAAAGAAGAUUUUAUUUGCCCACGAGAUCUUUUGAUAUCUGAAAUGAAGUACUUUGCAGAAUAUUUUUCUAUGGAUGCCCAGCGCUGGGAAGAAGUGGAUAUUUCAGUUCAUUGUGAUGUUCACAUUUUCAACUGGUUGAUAAAAUAUGUUAAAAGGAACACUGAAGAGAACAAAGACUGUGAAAUGCCUGCCUUAGAACCAGGAAAUAUCAUUUCAAUUCUUAUUUCUUCAGAGUUUUUGAAAAUGGAUUCAUUGGUUGAACAGUGUAUUCAAUAUUGCCACAAAAAUAUGAACGCUAUAGUAGCUACCCCAUGCAACAUGAACUGUAUCAAUGCAAAUCUUCUUACACGUAUAGCCGAUUUGUUCACACACAAUGAAAUUGAUGAUUUAAAGGACAAAAAAGAUAAAUUUAGGAGUAAGCUCUUCUGUAAGAAGAUCGAAAGACUAUUUGAUCCUGAGUGCUUGAAUCCAGAUUCUCGGAGUAAUGCAGCGACCUUAUACAGAUGCUGUUUAUGCAAGAAACUUUUAACAAAAGAAACAGAAAGGAGAAUUCCUUGCAUUCCUGGAAAAAUCAAUGUGGAUCAACAUGGAAAUAUCAUCUAUAUUCACAUAAGAGAUAAGACUUGGGAUGUUCAUGAAUAUUUGACUGGUCUUUUUGAAGAAUUAAAAUCUUGGAGAGAUGUGUAUUGGCGCUUGUGGGGAACAAUCAACUGGCUGACUUGUGCAAGAUGUUGUCAGCCUUUUCUCUGUAUUGAGUUUUCACAUUGUCAGUACCACUCAGAAGCAGUGGUUUACCCUACCACCGUGAGUUCACUGAGCACCGUGGGCACUGGAAUUUACCCCUGUUGUAACCAGAAGGUUCUUCGGUUCGACCCUACUCCCCUUACGAAGGGCUGUAAAGUGAGGGACCACAUAGUUCGUCGUGAUCAAGGUGAAAGUGGGGACUUGCUGCCCUGUCCAACUGCUAAAAUACUGGAUGAUCUACACAAGCAUAAAGAUGUCAUUGUUGUACCUUUUCCUAAAGAUACAGCUGGUGAUCCCGCACUUGGCCCCUGUGAUGAAAAAGGUCUAGAGUGUGAUGGUCUACUGGAGCCCAGUACACCGUGGGGCCCCAAAACUGGGGAGCUCAAUGCUUUCUUGUCACUGAAAAACUGGGCGUUGCAACUGAAACAACAGUCAUUAUUUUCAGAAGAGGAAGAAUAUACUACUGGAUCUGAGGUCACUGAAGAUGAAGUUGGCGAUGAAGAAGAAAUAACCAAGAAACAAAGGAAAAAGGAGAAACCAAAGAAGUUCACUAAACAACCAAAAAAGCAAAUGUCUUCUCCCUGUACUCAAAAGAAGGAAAAGGCAUUGGAGAAGUCGUCUUCUCGAGAUGUGUCCCCUUUUGUUGUGAGUAUGCAGAAAAAUAAGUGGGAUGCUUCAAGGUCCUUAAGAUUCAACCAGGAUGCACAAAGAGAAGAUGAUCAGCGACGGAUGUCUGAAAUUACAGGACACUUAAUAAAAAUGAGAUUGGGUGAUCUUGACAAAGUCAAGUCAAAAGAAGCAAAAGAAUUUGCAGGAGGCAUUUAUUCCAGGCUCGAAGCACAGAUCAAGGCCUCAGUUCCUGUCAGUGCCCGCCAAAGCAGCUCAGAGAAAAACACAAGGUCUAAAAGUCGUUUUGGCCCAGGACGUCCAGCAUAAAACACCAUAAGAUGACAAAAGGCAUACUCCGAGACAUCCGAAACUACUCCCUUGAAUAUCUUCAGAAUGAUGUCUUCUAAAUGUUUAAGUUAUUUAUUAUUAAUUCUUACAAGUCACACAAAU